CAAAUUUAAAGGGUUCUGGGAAAAGUCACCAACGACAGUUUCAAAACAUGGCAGCGAUGUUAUUUGGAAGGAUUUCGAGCUGUUCAUUAAAUCUAAAUUUAACGGCAGGAUUAAGAAUCGUCCUUAACAAAAAGUAUUUUAGCAGUGGAACAAAGGUUGUAUGCCAAAGUAAUGACCGACCCCAAGCUAGUUUCUUUCCACCAGCGGAUGGAGUUAUGUUGCCGGCUCAGGCUUUCAAGAACAAAGUAGCCUUCAUCACAGGCGGAGGCACAGGGCUGGGGAAGGCAAUGACAACAGCGUUCUCCAGUCUGGGUGCAGAGUGUGUGAUUGCCAGCAGAAAACUGGAUGUCUUGAAGCAGACAGCUGAGGAAAUUUCCAAGCAGACGGGAAACAAAGUUCAUGCAGUUCAAUGUGAUGUGCGAGAACCAGAUUCUGUACAAGCUGCUAUAGCUGAACUCACUAAGGUUGCAGGACUUCCUGAUGUGGUGAUAAAUAAUGCUGCUGGCAAUUUCAUCUCCCCAUCCGAAGGACUCUCCCCAAAUGCCUGGAGAACCAUCACAGAUAUUGUUCUUAAUGGCACUGCUUACGUAACACUUGGGAUAGGAAAGGAGUUGAUUAAAGCUAAAAAAGGUGCAGCUUUCUUGGCAAUAACAACGAUCUAUGCAGAGAGUGGCUCCGGUUUUGUGGUACCAAGUGCUUCAGCAAAAGCAGGAAUUGAAAGUCUGUGCAAAUCACUUGCUGCAGAAUGGGGGCGGUAUGGUAUGAGGUUUAAUGUGAUACAGCCUGGACCAAUCCGAACCAAGGGUGCCUUUAGUCGUCUUGACCCAACUGGAAUGUUUGAGAAGACAAUGAUAGACAGGAUACCAACAGGGCGCUUGGGUACUCCUGGAGAAAUGGCAAACCUGGCUACAUACCUCUGCAGUGACUAUGCCAGCUGGGUGUCUGGAGCAGUGAUUAGAAUGGAUGGUGGAGAAUAUGUUUCCAUGGCUGGUGAAUUCAAUGAACUUAGAAAGGUAACGCCUGAACAGUGGGCUGUGUUGGAGCAAACGAUCAGAAAAACCAAGGGCUCAUAAGAACAAUGUCUUUUUAAUCUAAAUCAUCACUUUUUGAUGAUUUAGUUUUGUUUAUGUAUUCUAAUCAAGCCCAAAGCUUUAAAACAUUUUUUUUUAAAAUAACAACCUCAUUGUUAUUUAAUUCUUAUUCAUAUUUGUUAAAUACUUGAGAAUUGCUCCUUUUAUUUUUUGUGUGAAAGUAAGCAUUGAAUUACAUUUAACAUGUCAACCACUAACUUUUAUCUGGAAGUUGUCUUAAACUACUCAUUGUUAUUAUUUUAAGAAUAUAAUGCAUAACCCUAACUGGGAAACACUUUGUAAUCUGUUAAUUACUUUCUAACAUUUCUUGAAGCCUUUAUCAUUUCACAUGUUUUUGUUUUUUGUUUUGUUUUUUUAAACUAACCAGUGAACAAUUGGUUGCUGUGUAUAAAAUAUAACAUGAAAAAAAAUUGCUUGUAGAAUUUUACCAUUUCGUACCUAUUUGGCAGAGCCAUGGUUUAUGAAGUGAUCAUUAAAAGAUGUUCAUGUGGGUUAGAUCAACUAAGAUGCAGUAUCUCUGGCACAGCUCAAUUGCCAUGAGUGUCAUCAGGCCUCAUUAAGUUAUAUAAUGUGGGCUGAGCUUGAAGCUGUUUUUAUCAGGCCUGCCUAAUGGCCUAAACUGUGGUGUACUACUCGCAGUGUCAACACUGAGUCUCACAAUAAUCAACAAACCACUCACCAGAAAAUUCUCAGAACUUACUUGACCCCCCCUUAUUUCACUAUCAGCAAUCAUGCUUUGGGGGCUCCAAA